GCCGAGCCGGGGCAGCCCGUCCCGUCCCCUCCUCCGCGACGCCCGCGCCAUGAACUUUGGCAGGGGCCCCUCGGUGGUGUUGAACGUCGGGGGCACCCGCUACUCCUUCUCGCGGGAGGUGCUCAAGGAUUUCCCGCUGCGGCGGGUGAGCCGCCUGCACGGCUGCCGCUCCGAGCAGGACGUGCUCGAGGUGUGCGACGACUACGACCGCGAGCGCAACGAGUUCUUCUUCGACCGGCACGCCGAGGCCUUCGGCUUCAUCAUGCUCUACGUGCGCCACGGCCACCUGCGCUUCGUGCCGCACAUGUGCGAGCUCUCCUUCUACAACGAGCUCGUCUACUGGGGGCUCGAGGGCUCGCACCUCGACUACUGCUGCCAGCGGCGCCUGGACGAGCGCAUGUCCGAGACGCGCGGCUACUACGCGGCCGCGGAGCCGCCCGGCGAGGCGGCCGCCGAGGGCAGGGGCCGCCGCGCGCCCGAGCGCGGCCGCUGGCUCGAGAGGAUGAGGAGGACUUUCGAGGAGCCCACGUCCUCCGUGGCCGCGCAGGUGCUGGCCACCGUCUCCAUCCUCUUCGUGAUCGUGUCCAUGGUGGUGCUGUGCGCCAGCACGCUGCCCGAGUGGCGCGCGCCGGAGAACCGCAGCGUGGAGGAGCAGAGCAGGUACACAGCAGAGUCAGUGAGGGAGCCCUCAGGGAUAAUUGAAGCUAUCUGCAUAGGCUGGUUCACGGCAGAGUGCAUUGUGAGGUUCAUCGUCUCCAAAAACAAGUGUGAGUUUGUCAGAAGACCUCUCAACAUCAUUGAUUUACUGGCAAUUACUCCCUACUACAUCUCUGUCCUAAUGACAGUUUUUACCGGGGAAAAUUCGCAGCUUCAGAGGGCUGGAGUCACCUUGAGGGUCUUAAGAAUGAUGAGGAUUUUCUGGGUGAUUAAACUUGCUCGUCAUUUCAUUGGCCUUCAAACACUUGGUCUGACUCUGAAGCGCUGUUACAGAGAGAUGGUGAUGCUGCUUGUCUUUAUCUGUGUUGCCAUGGCAAUUUUCAGUGCACUUUCUCAGCUUCUUGAAAAUGGGCUGGACCUGGGAACAAAGAAUAAGGAUUAUGCCAGUAUCCCUGCUGCUUGUUGGUGGGUGAUCAUCUCGAUGACCACAGUUGGUUAUGGUGACAUGUGUCCCAUCACUGUACCUGGAAGGAUUCUUGGAGGCAUUUGUGUGGUUAGUGGCAUUGUUUUAUUAGCCUUGCCAAUUACUUUCAUUUAUCAUAGCUUUGUGCAAUGUUAUCAUGAGCUCAAAUUCCGGUCUGCUAGGUACAGUAGAAGCCUCUCUGCCGAGUUCUUAAAUUGACCAAAUUUGUUACUUGCUAAGCUUUGUCUUAGAAGAGAACGGUGGAAAAUCCCCUCAUGUGUCCUUGACUGGAUAGUCCUAUGGAACAUUCUCACCAGCCUGGAGAAAGCGCGUCACUAUUCAGACAGGAGGGAUGCCCACAUGGCUUGGACACCUUGUAGGGAGAGGCAGGGAUGUCUGACACCUGAGAGAACGAAAUAACAAAAGGGGACUUCAGAGUCCUCAGCCAGGCCCGUGUGGUCUUCAGUUUGCCUUUCCACACAAAAACAGAACAAAAAUGGGCUUAAUACUAAGGUUCAUCAUUCCCAUAAAAAUAUUACAUGCCAUGCUAAGCAAUGUGUAGCAGAAAUUUUAAAUCCAAGUGCCCCUUGAAGGCAUUUAAGGCCUACUUGACCGAAGUAUCUCAAUUUUUCACACAGAUAGGCCAAUCAGAUAUUAAAGAAGAGUUGCUACUCCUUUUGAGCCUCACAACAGAGUAGUUCAGGUUCCGCAACUUAAAGAUGAAGAAUAUAAGUCUGCAGGGGAAAAAAAAAAGAGAAGAAAUCCAAGGGACUGAUUGUGAUCUUUGAUGAAGAACACAAACCUUCAGUAAAAAUCAGUGGCAGUGGAAUAAUCUAAAUGAGUACAUGCAUCUCAGAAUGCUGUAGCACAUACUAUAUUGGUCACAAGCUCUGAAACAACCUCUUUAUCAAAGACUGCCUUUACCAAGAUCAGCAUAAAAAAUCAGGCAUUGAUAUAAUUUUUGGUAGCUUACUAGAGCAGCUAUCCAAAUUUUAUUUACAUUUUCACUUGAACCGCAUCCACCAGAAGAUAUUUAUCAAUAAGCAUAGUUUUUUUUUCCCAUUUAAUUAACUACACAUAGUAUAGUGUAUUUUCUCAAAGAGAGUUUUACAGUUCCAUUACUUGAAACAGUCUGGACAAAGCACUAGAAGACAAUAGCUACCCCUUAUUAGAUGAUAUUCUUCAUCACCAUCAACUUCUGUGAUUCUUAUUCAACAAUACACUAACUUAAUUGAAGUUUUAAAAACAACUGUAAAAAGCCCAAAUAAUAUUGAAGAAAGCAAAACAAAAUGGGAGUUGCACUUGGUAAAACAGUAUAUUCUCCAAUGUAACUAGAAAAUUAAAAUGAAUCAAGUUAGGUUCUGAAAUACUGUACACUACAUUUCUUGUGUAGUACUGCUUUAGUAGCAUUGUUCAGUAUAAUUCUGAAAGGCUGUCAUGUAAAACUGUGCAGUUAAACAUUAAAACACAUUUAGGUACAGCUUUACAAAUUUAGGUACCAAUAAACAUCAGCAAGGAGCUUUCCUAUGAAUAGGGAAGCUCACAGUCAUCAGCAUAGUUGAAUUUGGUGUGCUUGCCUGAAAAUAUGCGAAGUAUUUACUAUUACUGUACUGCAGAAGUAUCUUUUAUAUACGUAUUUGUUAACAGCUUUAGAACUAAAAUGACAACCACCUAGAGAACACAUCUCAAACUGCUCACUUGGAUUAAAGUACCAGAUGAGUGAGUAACCAGGACAUUGAAGACUCUACUAUGAAAAAAGCACUUAAGACAUGAAAAAUUCAUUAGCAUUUUAAGUAGUCUUAGUCUUAAGCACUCUUAAAGAAAAAUAAUAGCAGUCUUAAAGAAAAAAUAUUAUAUUACAAAUGGCUUCUGAAGACUUGGAAAUUAUUUAAUAGCCUCCCUACUGGCAAGCCUUUUCAAAGAACGCAAUUUUAAGUAAUGUUACAGACAUACCUCUGUUUCUGGCCACUGACAUGUACAUGAACAUGUCACUGACAUGCUCAGAAGGUCAGCUCUAUACUUCCCUAGACAGCUACAGCUAUUCCUUUUAUUUCAGAAUUAUGUAGUUGAAAAAACCUGCUCUUGCAUUUCACAGAGCAGGGAAUAUCCGUUAAGCAAAAAUUUCUCAGGUCAGAGUCACAGCUGAUGUUAGUUAGACAAGUAUUGACUUGAGAGACACUUAGAUGAGUUCUGCCAGCUGAGAUGCUGGCUCUGUAUUCCUGCAUGUGUGGCUAACUAUAUAUAUCCUUCUUAUAUAUUA